AUGUCUGAAAAUCAAUUCGUUUGGCAUUGUUAUUUCCUUGAACUAUUUGCCUUUCGAUAUGUUCGUUUGCUCUACCAUAUCUACUCUUUCUGGUUUCUCUAUCGCCCGGCGAAGAUCCCCCAACACCCAACGUACAGCCCUGCCGAUAUCUCAGUGGUCAUCCCGACGGUCAACCCACGUAAUGACGACUUCGAGGAAUGUUUAUCUACCUGUCUAAUAAACAAGCCCAAAUCGAUGUUCAUUAUCGGUGGUGGCCUGCAGAUAGAAGAUAUAGAAGAAAUUGUCCACCCCCUCCGUUCCAAUUAUCACGAGACUGAGAUCACUGUACUCUCGACGAAGGUAGCCAACAAGCGAUUUCAAAUCGCCCGCGCAAUCCCUUUCAUUCAAACGAAGAUCACUGUCCUCCUUGACGACCAUGUCUUCUGGCCCUCACCAAACUUCCUUCAGACUGUGUUGGCCCCAUUUGAAGAUCCCAAAGUUGGUAUAGUCGGUACAAAUAAACGCGUGCGGCGAAGAAAAAAUUGCACCAUCUUCGAAUCCAUCUGGAACAUGCUCGGAGCUCUCUAUCUUGAGAGACAUAAUUUCGAAAUACGAGCAACCAACGCUAUUGAUGGUGGUGUCUUUGUUAUUUCAGGUCGCACUUCCGCUCAUCGCACGGAAAUUCUAAAAAAUGAUGACUUCAUAAAAGGUUUUACAAAUGAACGAUUCUUUUUCAGAAGAUUCGGGCCACUCAAUACCGAUGACGAUAACUAUAUCACUCGUUCUUAA